CCGGGAGACACCACCGCCACUAUCUCAGGUGGGAUGGCAAAACCCAUAUCACUCAUCACAGACGACGUCAUGUCAACAUCACGUGACACCGCUAAUCAAGGCUGCAGAGGCUAAGUAGCCGAAACUUGUCAGGUACAAGACUGUUUUAUGUUUGUUUUGUUUACUUUUCUGGUCUUUAUAGAUGAACCGUUUUAUAAAUUUAUCAUCAACAGGCCGAAUGAACCUCUUUGGUAUGCACUUAUAUUGACCUUUGUACCAUUUAGACCAGUAAGGUUGUCCACAGUAGCAGCUCCAGCAACAACCCAAGAAAAGGCAAGAGAGCUUAGGGAGGUCUAUGGUAGGUAACUGUAAUAGGAAAUGAUUAAAAGUCAGUGAUAUGCACGAGGUUGAUAGAGGAGAGACAGCUGUAAGUGUAAGCUUAGUUGAAAAUAAAAACUCGGACUUACUCUUCAAAGUAGAGAGGUCGCUGCCUCUCAGGCCUGGACUGGUAUAAGAUUACCAUGAAGAGGGGCCUGGUUCUGGCUCUACCUCCCAUACUAGUUUUCAGACAAUACAAGAACCACAUGCAGGUCUGAGUAUGAUAUUCAAUAGGGGUAAAAAAAUAAAUUUAAUAAUGAUAACUUUAUUUUUUAUAGCACUUUUAAAAUCAGAAGUUUACAAAGUGCUUUGACAAACAAUUGUAAAGCAUCAGCACAUGGAAAUAAAAACACAUAAAAAACAAAAAGCUCAGUUAAAAACAAGGCCUCCGAAUUGAAGGCCGAUUUCAUUUGUCAUAAGAAACCCAGACAAUACAAGAACUUUACAACAUAAAAUGAGACCAUAAGGACUAAAAUAAAAACAUAAUAUAGGUAAGAAUAAGAAGAAAUGAAAUUAAAAAAGGGGAUAGAAAGCAAGAAACAGGAUGCUAAAUAUAAAAAGACGAUAUUCAUCAUAAUAAUCAAAUCAUAAUUAAAUAAAAAUGAUGGUAAUAUUAAUGAUAAAAUGGAAUAACAUAAAUGAGCAGAGAAAAUACAACAAAAUCAAUAAAAGGUUAAAUAUGAGAAGAUUAUAAGUAAAACAAAGACUAAAAGGGCUGUAAGUCUAAAUAAGACAGAGGUAAAAGAGAAAAGUCUCGGUAAAAGUAAGUUUUUAAAUUUAACUUAAAAAGAGCGACUGUCUCUGCACACCUUAUCUUCUCUGGCAGGUCAUUCCAAAGCCGAGGGGCUUUAUAUAAGCAUUACAAAUAACCUGAAACAACCGCUUUCCUUUAGAUGUGCUGACUCUCCUCAUAGUCAUCAGCAUUAAAGCGAAAGCACUAAAGUUAGUCUGAGUUUAAUAAAAAUCUGUGGUUAUUGUAAUACAAAGCAAAACAUAAUAGAAAGCUGUCAAGACAACAGUGAUCGACAUUUCACUUUCAAAGCAAUUACAGGUUGCUUAAAUAUGCGCUGAUAUCUUUUCAUGACGUGACAAACAAUCACACAACAAUGACAUCCAAACAUGCCUCAUAUGUUCGAGUUGAAAGUGAAUAAGACCUGGAAGAAAAGCAUAAAUUAAAUCUGACCAAAGUUGGUUUACAUGAAAGAAAUCUUGGUAGAUUUGCAUUUAGUAAAGUAAAACAUUGGUUUCACUUGUUGGUGUUUAUAGUUUUCUCAUUGCGUGAUGCUGCUGUAACCUGCAUUUUAUGGAUGCAGCAACCAACUAUGUCUACAGACAACGGUUUGUGGAAGUGAUUUUGAGCCAGUACUGUGAUUUCCACUUCAGAGACAUGACUGUUUUCAAUGUAGAGCCACUUUAAGGCCUGAGGAUCCCCACCCCGUCAUGGAUUUCAGCCUCUGUACGAAGAUUUCUCCGGACUAAAUGAAGUUGGGUACAAACUUUUAGAAUUAUCAUACCAAAUCUAUUUUCUCACGCAGUCUCUCACAUAGUGGUGAACUCUUAACAGCUGAGAGACAUAGAUUUUCCUGUUUUAUAUACAUAUUUGUCAUGUUACUAACUUGUUGACAGUUUACCAGGUGUUUUGUUUUCAGGAUUGAUAUGCUAUCAAAGUUUUACCUGUGUGUGCCCAUGUGUUACAUUACAUCUGCAGCUCUACGUGAGUAAUUUUGUGUACAAAAAAAGACUAGAAACCCAGUCACAGGUCAGCCCCUGAUGAUUAUAGAUGAGAGCUCUCAGCGAACAGGAGGAGUGCUGUGUGUGGGCGCGGCUGAUCUAAAUUGGUUUCUACAUAUUUACAGGUGUAGGUAUGUGUGGAACUCGUUCUGUGUAAAUACUACCGUGUUAUAUGAGUCAGAGAGGACAGCUUUUUCAUUUUCAUCCUGAUAAGUGACAGCCACACCUUAGUGUUGAAGGAAACAUGGGCAUAAAAAAACAUGUUAGGCUUCUUGUUUGAACGUUUUCUCUUUUUAAGCUAUGCCACUGAUCUUAGCUAUGAAUGGCAUGAAACAAAGAAAGCCAAGUUAACUAUGAAUUACAGUGUUUAAAUGUGAUCCAAGUAAACGAACCAGGCUUAUCUCUGAAGUCUUGCACAAUGUGGAGUUCCAACAGGUGGGUGAGUGACUGAAGUUCAGAGGUGCACACAAUAACAUGAACACAUGCAUUAUAAUGCAACCCGUCUGCAUCAGUAGUGUUAAAGUGAUUUAUUUUCAUUUGGAUUGGUUUGCAUUAUCAAAAGCACGUCAUAUUUAAGGUUCCUCUAUGACCUUUCUACCAUCAAUGAGAGCUGUCAUCAUUACUGACCAGCUGUACCAUCAAAAUGAAGAGAGAAAAAACAGCUCUACUGAGACCCAUACGAAUAUAUUUGCUGAUGCAGCCAGUCAGUGAUGAUUAAAUGCAGCUCUUCAAAUAUUAAUCAGACCAUCAAGUAGAUUAACAUUUUAUUAGCCAGCAGUUAAUCAUAAAAAUUAAUGGUACAGCUGAGUAUGUGUAAUGUAGAUAAUACUGAGAUCAUCUGAUGAAGAGGUGCAAAAAACUGCAGUUCCUUCAGUGUCCACUAGAGGGUAUCUGCAAAAGUGGACACUGGAAAAUACAGUUGUUCCUCAUUGUGUCUUUUUUUCCCCUUCACACACGUUUACAGAAAAAAAAGACUCCAAGAGUUCAAUAUUUUCAUUUGUAGCAAGGAAUCAAUUCAAGUAUUUGAAUGACAUGAAACUUUAAUAUUUGACAUGAAAAGGUCUCUUAUAUAUAGUUUUUUAAAAGGACAUAUCAAAGAGCACAUUUUUGCAGGUGAGAUGUCUUUAUUUUUUUAACAUCUGAGAUCCAAACAAGGUCCAACUUCAAACGGUGCAUGCACUCACGAAGGUCCACCAUGUCUGCAGCAGGGUCCUUCUCUCAACCCAAACCUUAGGGCACGUCUUACCAGUGCUUACUUUUGCAGGGUUAUGAAGGUUGUUUUGGGGGUACAUUUGCUUCUCUCAGCAGUGAUUGUUAGGUCUGUUUUGAAAAUACCUGAUAUUAGCUUUUUUUCAGCAGCAUUUUACAAUGAUAAUAUGAAAAUAAUGAUAUUGUUGGAAUUUCCCCCGUGGGUCCAUUAAAGGAACAUCUUAUCUUAUCUUGAUAUGAUUUGGGUCGUAGCAUGAGCUCUAGCUUUAUUUCUGAAAAUCGUUGUUUUCUAGAACAAACUCUUGUGAGUUUCUCUGAAAGGACUUGUCCUGUUUCUAUUGACAAAGCGUAUAUUAGAAGUCCCGCCCCCUUCUUCUGAUCGGCAGAUGAUCAAGUAGUGACACUGAUGAGACUUGGGGUGAACUUAAUCAACUGAGAGCGUAGCGGCAAAACAACGCACACUGGGUUUGUUUUAGGUUUUUAAAAAACCUGUUUUGGUUCAUCAAGCUCUUUUUUUUCUGUGGCAGGGUUUACUUUUUCAUGACACUUUCAAAGAUUCGAUCCGGGCUUACAGUUGUGCUUUAUUAGUCAAAAUUACGGGUGUGGCUGAUUUGGCUGACACGUGUCGUUAGGCCUUGGCCCAGUUUCUAGACUAGCCUGUAGGCAGUUGUACUCAGUGUUUCGAUGACCACUUUGUUUGGAAUUUAUCACACCUUCGAAAAAUAAUAACAUUGCUAUAUGCUGCUGUACACAAGUUCACCAUCUUCUGUCUUUUUUCUUUAUCUUUUAGUAUAUUGUCCAGUAUAAAAUUUUGGGCUCAGUUUGGAGCUUUAAUUUGCCUCCAUAGAUAAAAAAAUGACAGUAUGAGAGAUAAGAAUUAAAACUAUAAAUCUGAGGGCUAAAAAACCCCCAAAAUUAGCCUUAAUAAUAAUAAAAUCACCAAUGUAGGGGGUCCAUGUUCAGGUUCACUCCAUUCGACCGCUUUGAAAUCGUCCCAUUUAUCAUUUCAUCCAUUGUUUCUGUUCAAAUAAAUUAAAGCCACUCUAAGUACUGCUGAGGUCAAAGGUCACGGUCAAGUGAGACCAACAUUUUCCCUCAUCACUCACCCCCUCCUUUCUUGUCCUGUCACACAUUCCUCUGUGUGUGAUCUCGCUUCCUUUUCACCUUUUUGUUUCCUCCUCUCUAACCCUCACUCUCGCCCUGCAGGUAUGUGGGUGUGGGGUUUUGGAGUAACUGCUCUGGGUGUGUGUGUCAGACACACCCACCGCAAGCAUGAGCCGGAGCAGCAUGCUGAGCAGACUUCUUCCACUGAGGCAUAAAGACAUUGUUUAACUCUACAAGCAAAGAUGCUUAACACAUCCAUACCCCCACCCCUGCUUUACUGUGCAGGACGCAUAUUUGUACCUGUGCCAGCACACACAUACUCUGACUGUAGAUAGUAUGCAUGCUCUGCAGCUCCGCAUACAGUCUUUGUUAUCAGUAUUUUUUUUCCUUUUCUUUUCUGGCAGCAGGUGGAGUUUGAAAUCUUUGCAGUAGACCUUGACUCUUUGUUUGAGAUAACUUCUCAGGGUGUGUGUCUGAUAACUGGUGAUGGAUAAAAUAACCUGCAGGUCAUGUUACAAGUGUAGUAAAACCUUUGAGGAAGACAAGCUAUAAAGCUCAUGUGAAGAGUUUUUUUUUUUUUAACUUGAUUACACAACAAAUUAAAAGUUUAACCUCUGUAUGACCUGCCAAAAUAAAAACAGGUAUCAGCAGGAACAUUAUGUAUAUCUGUAUGACUGAGAUAUUUGUCCAAAAACAUCACUUAAACAUAGAUAGAGCAAUAUUAGUGAAGGUGUAAUCAAUCCAAGUUUAUUUGAUAGCACUAAACUCUAGCAGGUUUUCCCGGUCACUUUAGGGGACCAGGUCUAGAUCGCACUCCUGAACCACUUUGCAGCAGUGGCAAGGAAAAAUGUAUCCUUGAUGGCUUAUAACUUGAUUAAAGGAUGAUUAGAUUAAAGAGCAAAUAAAUUGGGUUCAAUGUUGGGCUUUUGCAGCAUAUGGAUUAUAACAUUAACUGCUUUAAAAAUGAAAUCGUGCAAAAAAUAAUCAAACUGUAGUAAUGUGAGUUUUAUUGUGGUGGUCCUUUUCACUGCUAGGCAGAGAUGAAGAAGAAGCAGCAGCUGCUGUUGAGCUCGCUGUAGCAUCUCUCUGACAGAUGAAGAGACACUUUAAAAAGUGAUGUUGAAAGAUUUGUUGUGAAUUUAAAAUGUGUUUGUGCUUCUUCAGGUUAGUCAUCAUUGAACAUUUAACCUUUUAAACUGUUUUGUUUGGAUUCAGUCCUGUAAUUUACAAUCAACCAAAAGUAGUGAACUUCAAAUUUUGUUAUAACUUCUGGAUAUACUAUAACUUUUAUAACUGGGUUUUGUAAAGCUCUGCUAGCAGGUAAAACAAAGUAUAUAUUUAUUUCACAAGUAAAAGUUCAGGUAAGUGAAACAAAUGAUAGAAAAUAAACAGUAUGACAUGUAAAACAGCAAAGCUGUUAUAUUUAAACUCUGAGUACAAAUCGAGACAUGUUUUUUUUCUAUUCUUCAUGUCUGUUAUUGUCACAUGAAUUCCUCAUGACAUUUGGACAUUGUUUUUAUUGUCAUUUUUUCUUUAUAAGGUAUUUUCAGAUUUUAAAAACCAUGUGAGAAAACCUUGUUGCAUGGAUUUAACAUAUCAAUGAGUCACGUGUCACUGUAGGUUGUUAAACCUCAGGUAUAAAAUGGCAUGUAGAUGUUGUGAUAAUGUUGACCUCUCCACUGUGGCUGGAGAAAACAUUAAUUGUAAUACUGGAGGUUUAAUACAACUGAAACAUCUUUUGAGGCUGAUGCACAUUAUCACUUUUCGACUAAGCGUACAGACGGACAUGCUUUAAGAAGUUACUCACCCUUCAUAUUGAGUCCAAUAACUUGAUUUCUGAGGUGGGGACUAAAUUGUUUCUGUGGUCACCUGAGGGUGAAGUGACGUUACCUGACCUGCAACCUAAGACCUAAACCAAUCCGUCUUGGAGAUUUUGGACGCUGAGCACAGUCUGCAGGAAUAACAGCAAAACCUCAGUGAACGCAGUGACAGCUUUGAUGCUGAUUUAUUGACUGUUUUGUAUGGCUUUUUACUGCUUUAGAGUACAAUGGACUGGUACACUAAAAUAUUUCUAUAUCUCUCUAUAAGUACUGAUCAUCAAACUUCCUCUUUAGUGUAUAUUUUAAUAUGUCAAUUAAUACAAAUUUGUGUAUGCUUCCCCCCCCCUCCUAUAGAUUUUAACCAUGUGUUAUACCACACAGGAAUACUUCAAUGACAUAUCCAUUUGUCAGGUCUACAUGAACACUAAAGAGGAAUUAUGAUUUGAUUUCCAGCCAUGGAGUGACUUGCUCUGCUUCAUUCCUCUUAGAUCAUAAGUGUUGAAACAGUCAGUGCUUUAUAAUCAUGCCACGUCUUGUGUCGCAUGGACCUGAUAACAGAGCUGCUGUUGUAUCAGGUCAGAGAGAGAUAUCUAAUCCUAGAGGGAGGUGUGUGGAGGGAGAGAAAAAACACUGAUGUGUUCAAAAAGUGCAGAUAGACUCAGCAAGUAUGAGAGAUAUGCUUUUUUUUUUUUAGUAUUUAAGAAUGAUGUAAAGAGAGAGCAGACUCCUCUAACAGGAAUGGAUGCUUUAAGGGAAGAAUAAAAAGUCAGACGAGGGCUGUGGAGAGUAGAACAGGUCCGCCCGGUCUGCUCCUCCACUGCUACUUUUCCUGACGACACACCUGUUGGCCUGGGAGGAGCUGAGACAGGUGGACGCUCCUUUAACUGUGUGAGUGUGUGAGGCAGGAGGGGGACAAGCCACAAGAAUCAAGAAGGAGUGCAAGGAGAGAGUGAGGAGUCGGAAGGAACAGUUGGACUCAGAUUACAUAAACAGGCCUCGAGACGGGCUGCCCAAGAUGUCGAACAAAAAGGAUAACAGUCCUGUGAAGCUCAGCAAGUGAGUCCUGACACUUUGUGUUGAUAUCUAUGUGUGUGUGAAUGUGAGUGUAGGUCAUGCGUUAGUGUCAUGUUACCAUCCCUUGUCUUGUUUCCUCUCUUUUGCUUUCAUUUUUUCCCUGGCGGGGUGCAUGUGUGGCGUACAGGAAUCUUUCUACCACAAUCCUGUUUGUGUUUGCACAGGGAGCGGGCUCUUUUUAACCCUCGGACUAUAAAAAGCGUCAAAAAGUGAAGAACCAGGAUGUGACCCUUAAGAAACAUUCAGUGUGUCAGACUCAAACAUGCAAAGUUCAUUCAAGCUUUAAGAAAACAGAGCGCAUCAACCUUUUAAUUCAAUCUUUUCUUCAUAUAUAUAAACAGAACCCUGCCCUGUCCUGUUUACCAUAACAACACCACCAUGUUACUAAUGGAGUAUAUUUAACUGAUUGUUUUCUCCUCACCUCAUCUGACUCCUUUUAUUUUUUAUUUAUUUUAUAUGUGUCUUUGCCUAAGGUGUGUAUGAGGCUCUGAUGCCUCUCAUUUGACCAGUAAUGUGACUCAUAAAGCUUUUUGGUCAACACGGUGCCUUCAAUGCCCUGAUCCAGCCGGGGCAGUUUAUAAAAGAGGCUGCAGCUUGUUGUCAUAGCUAUGCAGUUGAACCAGUGGUUGUUUGAGUAAAGGAGUGACUCAGUACAUGCUGCUAUCAGUCAUGUUUUAUGAUUAUGGAGGUGCACACAGUCAUAAAUGUGUAAGGGUUUGUAAUGUGUAACCCCCUCAUGAAGUGAUUAAGCAAGUGUUUAUCUCCCCCCCGGUGCAAGCUGUCAGCCUGGGACCGAGGGGACACAUUUGCACGCCUUCGCAGUGGGGCGUGUCGUGCAGCCAGAGGCUUGAUGACAGCAGACAGGGAAGGCUGAGGGAGCGGCAGGGCAGGGUCUCACUCCUGCUGUGUCUGUUUGUCUUAAUCAGCACAGUGACACACGAGUUUGAAUGGAAGUAAAUGAGUCACUUUAACUGUGUUUAAUGUGAUGCUCGUACGCAUUCACUAUGCAGAGGUAUGAAUAUUCAUGAUUAUGCAAGAGUUAGUUUCAGUUAAAUGAUCUGGUUGGAUAAGAGGCAUUCCAUUAGAGCUAAUACAGACUGAAACAGCACCUGAACUUUCUAGAAUAGUGUCACUGCCUCAGGUGUUGUGGCGAAAAUGGGUUUUCAUAACUUUGUGCUUCUCUGUUUAAUUUGUUGUUAGGAUGCUGGAAUUACACAGCAGUUUAGUUAAAGUUAGAUUUCCCUAUUGUAUCUGAUCAUAUUUAAUUGUAUUGAAUCAUAUCAAAUUAUAAUAUAUUGAUAUUUUGUAUCAUAUCAUACAGUUUCAUACUGUAUCUUAUUGUAUUAAAUCAUACCGUAUCUACUGUUUUAAAUUAUGUCAUAUUAUAUAAUAUUACAUAAGUCCACAUCAUGACAUGCCAUAGUGUUUGUAUCUUGGUUGUCAUCAUAAUGUAUCACAUAACAUAGUAUCAUAUAUCAUAUAUCAAAUCAUAGUAUAUCGUUCUCAAUCACAUCAUGUUGAAUUGAUUCAUGGUAUGGUAUUGUUUCGUAUCAUCCAAUUUUGUCUCCUAUCGUUUGAUAAGGAAUUAUACCGUGUCAUAUUGUAUCACCUCGUAUCAUAUCCUUCUUUACUGUAUCAGAUCUGUUGUAUCAUACUAUAUACAAAUCUAUCAUACCAUACCAUAUCGUAUUCUGUUGUACUGUGCUGUACCCUAUAAUUUUAUAUCAUAUAGUAUCUUGUUCUAUCAUUUCAUUUCCUCUCACAUAGUAAUAUAUCGUAUUGUUCCAUUGUGCGACACAUCGAUUUAUCGAUAUGGAAUCAAAUAAUUUCAAACUGAUCAUAUCUUAUCCAGUGUAUUCCUCCAUCUCCUUACUCACUGAACGAUAAAGAGAUAAAGACAUAUGCUACACAGAGUAGGAAACCUUUAAUGAGCUAAUGGACUGAGUGAAAACACAAAAAAAACAACCUGUGUAUCACUGUGAGAACUACCAUUAUUUUUAACAUGCUUAUAUCAAAGCAGUAUCACAUCCAAAGUCACUUGGUUGUGCUGAAUACAAGCAUAGUGGUUUUAAUCUUCCAUAACUUAGUGUAGUCGUGCUAAUAUUGUGUACAAAGGCAUGACUUGGAAGGUUACAUUACUUUAUUAUUAUAACAAGAAUCAGGUCUGCUGCUUAGACAGAUGAUCUCAGAAAUGAAUGAAGCCAUCUGCAUGUUUUACUCCUGCAGCACAGAAAAGAGGAAGCAAUCAGUGACAGAGGAACUGAUGAAACUUCAAAAUACACAGAAUUAGUGAUAUUAGUGAUAUUGCUGAAGUAAUGCAAAACCUUUAAAUCAACCCAGGUUUCAAUUAUAUAAAAACUAAGAUUUCAAGAGUAAAUGAUAACUUUCAAGGGGACUGAAGAAUGACACCCUCAUAAUUACUUUAAAAUAUGACAAAAUACGUGUUUUUUUUUCUGCCAAAGAGCCCGUCAUUCAGCUCUGCUUGUUUAUGUUUGGAGGUCAAAUUUUCAAAAAGUCACAGUAUUUAAAAAAAUGUUUGGCACUCAAACCAUUUAGAGAGAGUAAGUUCAGCAGCAGUGUCAGUGAAAGUCUAAAGCAAUGACUGAACAGUUGAUUAUUGAGUAAAUCUGUUAGAAAUUAUAGUCAAGUGUCAAUAAAUUCCUUUUUAAAAGAAGAGGAACAAAAGAUUUGAGUGACCUGAGAAAAAGAAACGACUUCAGUAGAGCGUCAAGUACACCUGAGUUUUGCACCACUGGGAGCAAUAAAAAGGACUAAUGGCCUCCUUUACUCCGCCUACCGCGAGCCAUAAUGUCUGACUACAACUAAUGACAGUGCUGGUUUGAUAAGGGCCGGAUGGCGGCAGGAAUGUCAGUGUUAAACAAGGACCGCAUUCCUGGCGGCUGCUGGGAGGGGACAAUAGAGGGGGACAUAACCCCCACCUCUGCCACAGUGUGUCCUGUGGGUACUGAUCAGGGUGUGACAGAAUAAAUAGUUGGCGUUCAUAUCACUGCGGAGGAGGAAUGACUGAACAAACAGACAGAGAGCACAAACAGGUCUGCAGGAAGAGUGUCUGAGUGACAGUGAGGAAGCGUGUCUGUCAGUGAGAGGAGUCUUUGUUGAAUGAUUCCCUCUGACACAUAAUAUUUUAGUCAACGUUUAUUCCCAAUCCAAAGGUUAAAAGUAACUACAUUACAUCAAUACUGGGUAGCAGUAAUACAGAAGACUAGGAGGGCUUCUGAAUUUUUACUCAAGGUUUGGCAGUUUUCAGAAUUCUGUGGUUAAAUUUUGACAGUAAAGGUCAUGUGGGGACCUUUUUUGUCUGAUUUUGUCAGAGGCACCUCUUAUUUUUGUGGGUUUUGCUGUGUGUAUAUGAAUAAAAACCUCAUCAUACUUAGGGUGACCAUAUGUCCUCUUUAACCCAGACAUGUCCUCUUUUUUGGGGGGGCUGUCCGGCUUUGUCUGGGGAAGUUUAUCAAGUCUUUCAGAUGUCCAUGAUUUUGUACGGAAGUUUUGAGUUUGUGUCACGUGGACUUACUGAGUUAGAAGCGCAUAAAAGACACUCGAUCUGACCCGAAAAACUCUCAAAAUUAACUGCGCACGACUCUGUGACUCUCUGCCCCCGCGUACAUGUGUCCUCUUUUGGAAAGUCAGAAUAUGGUCACCCUAAUCAUACUAACUUUGACCAAUCAAUCAUAUCACUUGCAACAGGCUGUUUUCAAAGUGUGCUACUCACAGCGUUGGUAGAAACAAUCAGUCAUCAGACUGACGGCCUCUUCUGCUUUUGUUGGUCUUAUAGAGACAUCAGGUUCAAUUUCAGUCUGAUUUAUAACCAGCUAAAAACUGGAGCUUUAAUCUCUAUAUUCUUGGAAAAAAAGUGAGCAUUUUGAGAUCCCGAGCGUAGCAGUUUGCCUCAUUCCCUCACUGCAAAAAGGUUUCCGGUUUGAAUCCCUGGCCUUGCAGGGGCCUUUCUGUGUGGACUUUGUAUGUUCUCCAUGUGCAUGCAUGGCUUCUCUCAGGGUACUCAGGGGAAAUCUUAGUAGUUGCUUUUUAAAUACGCCUUCUUGUUUUUUUUUUUAUUAUCUGAUUCAGAAUCUUGACUUUUUCAUCUUACAUUUUCGCUUAACGUUCAUAAAAUACUUUCUGACUUUUCUCUUGGAAUUUGACUGUUCUUCCAUAAAACUGUCGCUUGGUGUUGCCAGAGUCAUCACCCAGCUCAUGUUCAUUUUCAUUGGCAUAUUUACCUAAAUUAAUUGGUAUAGAAAUGCUUUCACUCCAGUAUAUCCAAUCCAUGUUAAAUCUCUGUCACUCUUAACCACUACAUGAACUAACACGAGGAAAAACUCCAAUUCUUGUGCAAAAAAACCAUUUGUACCCACUUUUUUAUGAAGUGGUAAUAAUAUUUGGCCAGGAUAAACAUAAAAAUGCUGUCUUUAAAGUAAUGCAUUAGAAAUAAACAGUCUUUGGUAUAAGGAGCCACUCUGUGCUUUAUGAGUACAAGUUUUAAAGUGUUAUGCUCUAAAAAUUGGUUCACAAUGAAUACAGAUCUGUAUUAGUAUGGACUAUAUCUACACCAAAUACUCACGUUGUACUGGACUUGAAAAUUUCAGUAUCUCCUGCAAAACUGAAUUAAAAGUCCAGGAUUUUCUGUAAUAAUGUAUCCACAAAGAAACAAAGCACUGUAUCCUGAAAGUGGAUUUUUUUGUUUCACAGUAAUGCUGAAAGAUACAGGAGGACACAGUUUAAUCACUGAUACAAUGAUCUGACUAACUGUACUCUACAAAAACAGCAAGAAACACACCAACUUCCGUACAUAACCACUGUAUUUUUGCUCCUCUCUCUUUCUGUGUUGCAGGAGUCAGGCCAAUGAGCUGGCCGUGGUGAUCGCUCGCAUGCAGAGGAAUGCAGACCAGGUUGAGAAAGACAUUUUAAAAUCAGAGCAGCUGAUGAGCGAGGUAAGACCAAACCCUAAGUUUAAUCAGAUAACAAAGCUAGAUUUAGUUCUCUCUCUCUCUGUGUGUGCUUCCUGUCUGUGACCAUGUCUCAUUCUUAUAUUUUGAUCAUUUUAAACUGUGAUUGGUGUGCUUUCUUGGCCUGAUCUCCUUCAUGAGAGAAAUGUCUGUUUUUAGGCUAAAGAAAGCUUAAUAGAUUGGAAAGUCAUCAACGCACACCAGAGCAUGUGACUGGAGAAAAAAAAAAUCUAACUCAGACAAAAAAAAUAGUUUGAUUAACCUAAGACAGACUUGAUAUAACACCUGAAAACUUUGUUGUUGUCAAGCAUGUCUUAGUUUUUAUCAAAAUUGCCUUUUAUAAAACUCUAUGAUAUGGCUACAGAGUCAACCUUUCAAUAAACUUAUACCCAGUACAUACUUGAAGAAAGGUUUCAUUGAGGUUGCAUAUAAUAGAGCAACACAAAUCUUAGGUGGUUUGCAGUUCCAGCAGACUACAUUCAUGUUAUUUGGUCCUGUCCACCUCUUCAGUCUUUUUGGAAAGGUUGGAGAAUUUAAUUUCAGACACUUAGAUAAAACAUAGGAUUAGUUUAUGUUGUAUCUUAGCUAGGAUUAGUUACCUUUGUGUUAGCUACCUUUUCAAAAUUCAUGAAGGUAUAGAAGAGGCUUAUACAGUUUAAUGUCUGUAAUAUACCAGUUUUGACAAUAAUGUCUUUUAUAAACAAUUACAUAUUAAUUAUGUACUACUAAAAUAAGUACACCUUGAGUUCGUACUAGUAGUUCUGCGGGCUGGUUGCCUCACGUCUUUGAAACGGAAGUAGACGACGACGUAGCAGACUGCUAGCAAGCUAACAGAGGCCUUGAGAGGUGAUUAGAAACGUUUCAAAACUGAUAUUUAAAGAUUUAUUGUGAACCUAUAAACAAUAUUAGAGCUUUAGUCUCUUCAGUUUACUCAUCAAUUGAACAGUUACACUUUCAAAACCGUUAUUUAAGAGUUUUCAUUCAUAACGUCCGAGCUACCAGAAGAAGAAUCCUUCAAAAUAAGAGCAUAAACACAACGUGUAUGGAAUACAGCAGCCGGUAAAGAAAUAAGGACAAAAAGUUUCAAAUUGAAAGCAUGACAAACGGAGCUGGUACUGUGGAUAAAUUAACGGAGCUGGUACUGUGGAUAAAUUAUUCAUUAUAACAGUAUAUGUAAGGAAAUUGUGUUCAUUUGUUAAGUUUAAGGAGUUGUGAUACUCCACCCUCGUCUUAACUUUCCUUAAUUUGACUGAUUGUGAUGUUUUUCAGGUGUCCAUGAAUAUCACAAUUAUAUCAUCAGUGCAAUAUGUUAAACUCAGAUGAAAAUCUAACACCAUAAUCAUUGUUUACUCUAGUAGUGUGGGAAAAUAAUUUGACUUAAGCAAGAGAAAUGAGGUGAACUCUGGGGAAAAUGGGAUUUUACAACCACAAAGACUCAUAAUCUUUCUCGUAUGUCCUACUUCUGUGUUUACUUUGCACUGAACCUGUGUCUAUUCUACUCAUUUUCUCUGAUUGUAAAGCUGUUUCUUAACUUGCUUUUUUGGGUUGUCAUUGUUCAUAAACAAUUUUAUAUAUGAAUUCUGUAGGUGAAAACUCCAAGAUCAGGUACAAUUUUUACAAUUUAGAUUUUCUUGAAUAGUCUUUGUGCCAAGUAUUAGAUGUUAAAGGGCUAUUCGAAUUCCAGGUGGUCACAUGUUGACAUUUGUAAAACACUGGAAAGUGUAACAUAGGUGGAAACUUUUGAAAGGCACUGUUAAUACUCUGGAAUUGAAAACAGCCUUGGAAUGAAAACCAAAUAAACUAAUGUAGAGUCAUUUCUUUCUCGAACUUAUUCAGCCUCCAGGGAACUAAAGCUAUCUGCACACAGUUUCCAAACUUGUUUAAAAAACUUUAUUCAACCAAAAAAAGAAAAAAAAGUCUUUAUCAACCAAUGACAAGCCAAGAAACAGUUUUGCUAGAGUUUUAACCUGCAUCUGUUUCUACUCUGUAAGGACACAGAACGAGAGAUAAAGAACCAGAGCCUGAUCCACCAGAAGGUGAACUCAGAAUGCCUGGCAGAGGCCGAGGGGCUGCUGAAGGAUCUCUUCAUGGACGUGGACAAGUCCAAGAAGCUAAACCACCCACAGGCCACGGAGAUAGAGAAGGAGUGAGUUUACCCUGGAGUGUCACCAACGCUCGAUCAAACACAAACACAAGCAGAGAGCAUGCCAGAAGACAACACCCAAAACUAGAUACGUCACAUACCAUCAAGAUGUACCCGCCAUGAAGUAUCACUUCCACAUUCCCUCUGAGAGCUUCCCACCUGAGUGCAGCUUAAACCUUAUUCAUGUUCCAGCUUUCAUACAAAUAUGCAGCUCAAAGUACUUUAAACACACAGUAAAAAAAGACAAGAAAUUGCAAAUGAGAUACAAAUGUGGAAUAAAAAAAUCCCAAUGUUUUCAAAUUAGUAAAUGAGAAUCAAUAUUAAGUGUUCACUAAUUGUUUUUGGAGCUCGUUAGGAUCAUUUAAGGCAUGUUACAGAGUAUUCAACUAUUGAUAGUUUAUAAAUCUUAAUCUCUUCUCUCCUAUGACAGUAGAAAACUAUCCAUACUGCCUUUAAAUCUGUGGCAAGGAUUUAUGGUUGCUUAAGUAUCUUUUAAAAAUGUAAAAAAAAGACAAUUUGUAAAUGUUUACCUGUUUAUCAUUCUCAAUCUUCAACCUUUCUUCCUGCUAAAAUGAAAACAUCUUGAGAAGCAACAGACAGCUUUUAGAGCAUAAGAGAAAAAAGCCCCGCAAUGCAUGUAUUUACAAAACCCUCUCAAAUCCAGGAUGCUAUUUUAAGGGAUGGAUCAAGCAAUCCGGCUUGAUACCCUGCAGCGGCAUUGUGAGCCAUACCUGCAGAUUUCUUGUAGGUUAGUUUUUGAUAACCAAAUAUUUUUAUUUAAAUCUAAAAUACAUCUUUUUUUUUUAGUGUGAAAAAUCUGCACGACCGAUGGGUGAGGGACUGUGCCACCUACAGGAGACUUUAUGAGCGUAAGCCAAGUCUUGAGCCCACACCCAGGAUCAACUGGGGUCCUUUUCUGGACGAUCAACAGGUCAGUUUUAGCUCUUUGUCAGUGCUAAACAUCAUCUUAACGAUCGUAAGUUGACUGCUGUUCAAUCUUUUCUGAUUUUUUUCACAGAGACAGUUAAAUGAAGAGCCGUACGGCCCCAAACUGUCUGAUGUAGAGAAGCAGAUAGCAGAACAUAACAUCUUACACGAGUCCAUCGAGGCCUACAGCUCCCAGCUGCAGCCCAGCACCACCUCAAAGGUAAAAAUACACAAACUCUAAGUGCACAUGUGACAGGAGAAAAUGAUAACAUUGAAAUGAUUGUAUGAAAGUUAUUGACUUCCUGUUUUCCUAAUAACAGACAGAUUACAACAGGCUAGUCCUGGAACCUUGAAGUUUUUGAAGCCUUUUUAUUAGAUAUAAAUUAUUCAUGCUUAUCAUUUGGAAUCAAGUUUUGAAAUCUAAUUUAACUUCUUUCUGCUAAAUUUGAUACUAUCACAGUUGCACUUAAAUUACUGUAUUAACCUGAAUAUAAGAUGAGGGGAAGAAAUCACUGAUCUGUGUUUUAAUCUCCCUUAUUUUUCAGGACCAGUACCCCGCUCUGAAGGAGAAAUAUGCCAACCUCUAUGUGAGUUUCCUGACUUUAAUACGCCACUUAAGUUGUUUUAAGGAGUUCAGUCAAGUUAAAAGGGAUCUGUCUUUGUUUAUCUUGUAUGCAUAUGUUUUCAAUUUUACAGGAGAGCUCCCAGGAGAGAAAAAACAACCUGGCGUCUCUGUAUGAGUACAUGCAAAGCUGCAACAAAGAGCUGGUCUACCUGUCAGGCCAGCAGGAGAGGAUCCUGCAGAGGGACUGGAGCGAUCGGAUGGUGAACCCCCCAGGUGUCCGUACAGAGUAUGAGGUGAGGUGGGAGACAGCAGAUAAAGCAUGCUGACGUCAUAAUCGGUGCAUUAAGCUUCUUUCUUGCCCUCAUUUUGUUUGAAGGAAAGUCCUGUUUAGAGAAGCAGAAAAUUGAGUUUGUUUGUCAGUCUGCCCUCAAGCAUUAUGUUGUGAACAAGCCGGUUACAUCAACUUGUGUAACCUGUAUAGUUUGUAGUAUCUGUAGAAGCUUCUGGGAGAAUUUCUUUUGAACACUUGAAACAAUAAUUUGUUCAAAAACAUCACUCUGGUCUAAAUGCGCUCAAACAAAUUAGUCUUUAUGCAGAUGAUAUAGUGUUGUUGUUGUUUUUGUUUUAAAAGAAACAGUAUUAUUUCAAAGACAAGGAUGAUGUUUUUCAAAACACUUUUUCUGUUUUUAUGGUUUUCCACAGAAAUUCAAAACCAACGGCCUAAUAGCUCAUGAGUCUGAGAUCAACAAGCUGCAGGAGGAAGGAGACGCUCUCAUUAAAAAGAAACACCCCGGCACCCGAACAAUAAAGGUACAUUAGUCAGCUGAAGCAGAUAUCCAUCCAUCCUUGGGCUAUACCAUUAUCUCACAAAAAUUUAUCAGAUUUUGUGUUUAUUUUUUUCAACUGAUUACAUUUUAGCAUUUAAAUUGCUGUUGAGAAGAAUCUCUUGCUGCUUCCAGUGAAAGGCUAAUUUAGCUAUGCAGUGUAUUUCUGCAGUGCCUUACCCAACUGCUGAAACAGCAAAAUUUUACCAUUUAUCAAUUCUACCACCUCUUUAUCAUCCAUCCGUCUGUCCAUCCAAACAUUUAUGUAUCCAUCAACCCAUCCGGCCAUACAUGUUUCUGGCAAUACAACCUCAAUUCUACUAGAGUUUGGAUGCUGUGUAAAAUGCCUGGUGGAUUUAAUUUCAAAAAUCCUUUUAAGAUUUUCUUUUUUGAAUUGAAAACAGUGUUGAGAAAAUAUCAAAUGCUGGAAAAAAAUUCAGUUAUGUGAUGUAAUUGAAACUUACAUUGGUAGAAUCAGUAACAAAACUGUCUAACAGACAGAGGUUUUUGGAAGUGAUUUUGAGCCCAUGCAGUGACUUCUACCACAGUUAUGUUUGUUUUUGAUGCAGUGCCCCUUUAGGGCCCAAAGAUCAUAGUCAUCCAGUGCUGGUUUUCAGCCUUGUCCAUUUUGCUCAGAGAAUUUACUGGAUCUUUGAGUUAUAUAUUGUACUGUGGAUUCUCUUUUAAUACUCCGUCAUGUUAUGGCCUGUUACAAUUAACCUCAUUAGUUUGAAAAUGUUCCCUUAGGUGUCCUUUUUCUUUAAGUAUUGCACAACUUAUUCAGUGUUUCUUGUUUCCAUCUCAACUGUUUUAAAACAUAUUACUGGCAUCAAAUUCAAAAUGAACAUUUUUUUUUCAUAAGAACAAUGAAAUAUUUCAGGUCCAGUAUUUGAUAUGUGGUCUUUGUACUAUUUCCAAUUAAAUAUUGAGUUUUAACAAUCUGCAAAUCAUCACAUAUGUUUUUCAGCUCAUUUUACAGAGAAUCCUGAAAUGUUUGUGAUCAGGGUUGAAAAGCAUCAUGCAAAUAACAGCAAUGACAGUCGUGUGAAGUUUGGGCAAGAAUGUGCAGCAUGACUGAUUUUUUGUACAGUACAGAGACAGAUACUGCCAUGAAUCCUGCAGUGCUAUGGCUAUAUUAGCUGGUAUGAAUUGAAGUGUAUGUAUUACUGUUCUUUUCAGGCUCACGCAGAGACAGUGCAGGGUGAGUGGCAGGCGUUCCUCAACCUGUGUCUGGCACAGGAAACUCACCUGGACAACAUUGAGGACUACAAGAAGGUAGAACACUGCUGAAACACGAGAUAGCUAAUUUAUUAUUAUUUUUUCUAAAUCCACUCUGCAGUGUUUAAGUGUUUGUGUUUGUUUGAUACAGUUUCAGCUGGAGGCAGAGACAUUGUCUGACUCCCUGAAGAGACUCAACACCACUCUGGACCCAAAGUCUCUCGCCAACAAGAGCAACCCAGAAGCUCUGCUUAUGAUAGAGGUGCCUAGAACGAAACAACCUUACCUCCAUCCAAACAAGAUGAAAAAUUGUAUUAAUUUUAUCAAAAUAAAUUGAAUUGAGUAUUUUCAGAAACAUAGUUUUAGUUUGUGUUAUUUCUCCUCUUGUCCACCUUUAGGGAGACGAACCUGCUGUCAAGAGGAAUGAAGAGCGUCUGGCUGCCCUCAAAAAGCUCAGCAGCACCGUCCCUCCUCUGAAGUUACGUCGAGUUCAGCCCUCCAAACCUACAUCUGUGGUGUCCCUGUGUGACUGGGCUGAUGAGGAGGUAUGAUCACAGUCAUUUACAGCCUCUAAGGUGAAAAUUGAAGGAGACAGAUGGCAGAAAAGGAAAAACUUCCUUGUUACAAUCUUUAUUUUAUCAGCUUUUGUGCUUUUUUUAGGACACAGUGAGGCGGGGGGACAAGCUGACACUGAAGUCCAACUCUGACAACAAGAACUGGGUGCUUCAGAACGACAGAGGAAAGACAAAAACCCUCCCUGGAGCGUGUUUCAUGGUUCCACCACCAGACCCCGAGGCUGUGGAGGCAUUAAAGAGGUAUAGUGACCAACACAUGAAGCGCUCAUGUCUCUAUGUAGUAACGAUGGUGGAGAAAACUAUGAUAGGCUCUGAUAAAUCAUGGUUUUGGUUGUGUGUAUGUUUCAGUUUUGAAAAAGCUCUGACUGACCUGAAAAGCCGAAGAUCUGCCCUCUUGACCUCCCUAAAGAACCCUAAUGUGGAGGCAGUUCGACCCCAGAAGGCAGGUGAGGACAAAUCAGAAAACUUCUAUCUUUUUUCCACUCAUCAUCCAUAACAUAUGUAUUCUAAAAUAUCAAACAUUUUAUUAUGGAUUUAUUUCUGUUUUUGUCCCUCCUCAGCCACUGUAGCAGUACCUAAGGAUGAUCCCAGAGCUGCAGAGUUAGCAAGCGAACUAGACAGGAUCAACAAAGCUCUGGAACGCGCUGAAUUAGAAAUCCUGGAUCGACUAAGAUCCCCACUAGACAACCGCAACCCAACACAGGACCUGGCAAACAGGCUGCAGGAGCAUGAGGUAAAUUUACAGAUUUAUUUGAACAUUUUUCAGUGUAUGUUGUCCUCAGCAUUUUCGAGUGAGCCUGGCAUUUUGUGAUAAGUAACAUAGUUCUCCCCCCUUUCAGAAAUCAGUUCAGGCUAUGCGAAAGCUAGAGGCUGAGAAGUCAGCAGUCCAGAGGGAGAUGGAGCCAGUCCUGGCCAAGAAACCGCUGGGACCGACUGCCUCCUACCUGCCCAUUAAACUCAGAGCUACUACCAACAAGAUCGAUGAUAUCAACACACUUCUGGAUCUCUAUAACAAGAAGUAAGUGAAUCUAAAUACAUUUGAAGUGCAGUUUAUUUAAUCAUUGUUUUAUUAUUGUUCAGAGUUUAUUUUCAGGCUUUUUGAAAAGACAAGACAGAGAUUAUAGUAAAAAAAUUUGAUGAAGAACAGCAUGCAGCAAAAGGCCACAGAUUGGUAUCAAAUCCAGGUUACCUCCAUUGAGAGCAGUAGACUCAAUAUGAUACAUCACUACAUGAAACCAUAUAAUAAAGAUGUUAUGAUACGAUGUGAAACUGUACAUGAUGACUUUUACCUUUACUUUACUUGCACAUCUUUUCUUAUUUAUUCUAAGUUUAUUUAAAUAUGAACAAGUAUGAAGCAAGUAAACCAUUGCCACGUACCACAGCACUUCUGUGUGCCCGUCCCUAAAUCUCUGUGUACACAUAAAAAACAGAUCUAUUUUUAAUUUCUUUGUCCAGAGCUACAGCCUCCUUGUACCUCGAGAAGCAAAUGAAAAACGUGGACGACAUGGUCUCUGGCUAUGAGGAUCAGCUAGCUAACGAUGGCGCCAUUCUUAAUCAACCCAAUGCCCUCCAAAGUCGCAACCAGCAGCUGCAGGUAAUGUUCUAUACAAUGAAACCAAAAAAAGCCACAGGACCUAAAACCAUGUUAGUCAUUUUUAUUUUUGCCAAGUAGAAUCUUCGAAAGGAUUUGACUUCAAAGAAGGAUGAGCUGAACAAAUUAGGCAAAGACCUCGACUUGACACAGCAAGCAUGCAGCUCCCUGCAGCAGAGCUUUAAAGAAUACUGCCCUGACAUGCAACGCCAGGAAAAUGAGGUGAAACAGCUGAAGAACCGCUAUAUGAACGUCAGUAAUCAGCUCCAGGACAGGUGGGUAAAGAAAGCCUGCGUAAUAUGUGUACCUAUGUGUAUGUGAACUUCUUGGAUAGCCUGAUAAAACAGAUGAAUACUAAGGUCAUUUUGUGUAUGUUUUCCCAUUUCGCUGUAGGUCUGCUCUUUUAAAAGAAGCAGCUAAUAAAAACCAAGAUUUCCAGAAUGCUGCUCAGUCAUUGGAUUUCUUCUUGGUCAAUUUGCCUGAUAAUAAAAUCAAACCUACUGAUGAUGUGGCACAGAUAACAGCCAAGGAGAACUCCCAGAAGGUUUGUGAGAGUAUAACCACAGACUGUACGCAAAGAUGGACAGACAUGACAACUCCCCAGAUGGGAAGCCAAAACUUUGGAAAUCCUUCUACCAACUACUGCUAUAUAGGUCAUAAAACCCACCCCCUCCAUGUUAACAGAUGGGACAUGAAUCAAAUCACAAGAUCAAAACACACGUCAGAUAGAUUGUCUCAAACAUGAGUUUAGCACUGGUUAAGUCUUCGAUGCUAUAAAAUACAGGCAUAACCUCGUGAAUGUCCAUCUUUGUAUUUACAGCAAAUGUGAAUGAUAAUGGCAUUAUCCAACUUUAACACUAAAUUUUGAUGAAACCCAAGCUUAACAAGGUUUUUUUGAAAACUUUUUUUGUUUAGAAAGUGAUGGAAGACAUCAAGAGGAAGUCUGCUGAUCUGAACCAAGUUAACCUUCUUUCCCGGGAUCUGCAGAACGUACUAAAUGUGAGUUCAGAGAGUUUGAUUGUUCCUGUUUGUCAUUGUUGGAAAAGGUUUAAAAAUCAACACCUUGAUUGUGAAAUAUUUUUCUUUUCAGGAGUACGAGAUGAAGUCAAAUAUUUACAGAAGCGCUCUCCAUGAUGAUGAUGAUGAUGAUGACGAUGAUGAUGAUGAAUCAGGGCCAAAGAAACGUCCAACAUCAACUAUGGCACAGACUGUACAGAGAAAGGUACAGUUACAGGCUGUGAUUUCACUUUGUCAUUAUUUGUUUAUCUUUAUUAAAUUCACAGUAAUAUAAAUGUACAGAAAUUAAACACAAACUUAUUAACUUUAAAAAGCUUAAUCACACGCAUACAUAAAGCUGCAGAGUUGCAUUAUCAAAUCCCAACAGUAGUGAAGUAGCAUCAUGGAGAGGGGCAUGUUUUCUGUUACCUAUGUAAUCUUGCCAUGUGUUUUUCCUACAGGAGAGAGAUCUCCGGAACCUUUACGCUGAGGUGUCUGCAGAAAACAGCCAACUGCUCAACCAACUAGGGACAACAAAGUACAUCAAGUCCAGGGUAUGUUGUUACCAACUGAAAUAACAUCAACUCUCAUGUAUAAAUCGAACAUUUCUUCCCUGAGCUACCACGGCCAGAUGUUCUAAAAGACCCCCUUUCUUCUCUGUGUCUUUAUUUAUGCCCAGAAUGAUGAGAUGGCGAGUCAGGUAGUCAUCAAACAGCAGCUGCAGCUACAGAACCAACAAAAGGACCAGGUGGAGAGUGAAAGUCUGAAAACUGAAUUAAACGAGGAGAUUGCCAGACGUAUGCACGCUGAAAAAGAUUUGGAGACAUACCGACAGAGGCUUGUGUCUCUGAAGAGUCGGAGAGGCGUUGAGAGACUGGAGGAGAAGGAAGUGGUGCAGUACUACCGAGACCCCAAACUGGAGCUGGAGCUUAAGUCCUAUAAGAAAAGGAUAGAUGAGGAAUCAUUCAAGAGAUCAAAAAUCCAGUCAGAGAUAGAGAUUAUAAAUGAGAGGAUCAUCAAACUGGAAUUACAGCUGAGCAGAAUUGAACCCAAACUGGUGAACAAGGUCGUGACUGAGUAUGAGAGAGACCCACAGCUUGACAUAGAAGCUGAGAAGAUGAGGGAAGAGAUCCGGAGGUUAAAACUUGAGCUCCAGUCAAGGCAAAGUGAGUCAGUGCAUGUCAAAUCUGAGCUUACGGUGCUGUCCCAGCAGAAACCAAAAAUCAAGGAGAAGGUGGUAAAGAAAGAAGUGGUCAGGCUUGAAAAGGAUCCGGAGAUGCUGAAAGCUGUUCUUACAUUCAAGAGCGAACUUGCAAAUGGGGAAUCACAGGUGAAGUUGCUGAACGAUAGCGUUUUUAAAACAAGGAGCCAGAUAAACACACUGGAGAGGCUCAUUCCAACUAUCCAACCCAAGGUAGUCAGCAAGGUGGUAAAGCAAGUUCAGCAAGAUCCGGACACCAUUGAAGAGUCAAACAAACUUCGUAUAGCCCUAGAAGAGGAGAGAGAUGAGAUCUCUACAAUGACAAAGGAUCUGAACUCCCUUCAGCUUCGCUACACUGAAUUGGAGAUGCUCAAGCCCAAAGUUGAAGUCAAGGAGAUCAUCAAUGAGAUCUACAGAGUCGAUCCUGAGACCGAACUCCAGCUGGUGCGUCUGAAGAAAGAUAUGCAGGACACAAGCCGGAACCGUGUAGAGCUUGAGAAAGAAAUAACCAGCGUGAUGUCGACUCUGACUACUCUUCGCGCCCAGAAACCCAAAGUGGAAUUCAAGGAAGUGACCCAAGAGGUGAUUAAAGAGGAAAAGAGUCCAGAGAUCAUCAGGGAACUGCAAAGGCUGAACAACCAAGUGUCCCGCCUGCAGCUCAACUAUGAUACCACUCUGGAGCUGCUAACUCACCUGCGCAAAGAAAGAGAUGACUUGAAGGCCGAGAAAUCCAGAGUGGAGACCAAGCUGGUCAAUAAGGAGCUCAUUAAAUAUGAAGAUGAUCCUCUUCUUGAGAAGGAAGCAGACAGGCUGAGGAGGAUGCUAAGAGAGGAAAUUCACCAGCGACGCAGUGUGGAGGAGAUUCUCUUCGAUCUUCAGAACCAAUACAUUCUCCUUGAGAGGCAGAAACCAGAGGAGAAGAUUGUAACCAAGGAAGUGGUGAAGCUCCAGAAGGACCCCAAGCAGAUCCUGGAGCAUGAUAAGUUGAACAAGACUCUGGAUGAUGAAAUGAAAUCCCGUCGGAAGCUUGAGUUGGAGGUCAGACAGCUUAGAGCCUUGGUUCAAGACAAACAGAAUACCUUGUCUCAGAUGGAUGAUCGCCAAAAGAAGAUCAAGAUAGAGGCAGAGCUUAGGCAGGUCAAAGCUUGCAUCUUCGAACUGGAAAAUUCUCCGAAAUCUGUUGAGGAAAAGAUUGUCAUUGAGGAGGUCCUGAAAGUGGAGAGGGACCCAGAACUGGAGAAACAUGCUGAUAGCUUGCGUGCUGAUAUGGAGACUGAGGGCACCAAUAUCAACCGUCUGGAGAGGGAAAUUCGCAAUCUGAGGCACACAUUGGAAAUCCUACAAAAGGAGAAGUCACUUGAGAAAGUCGUUUACAGAGAAGUUGUCCGGGUGGAGAAAGACCCUGGGGUUGAGGCUGAACGGGACCAUCUGAGAGAUUUGGUAACACAGGAGAGAAAUCUAAGGCGGGACCUGGAGGAUAACCUGCAAAACAUCACCUUCAAAUUUAACCAUCUGCAGACAUCAAAGUCCAUGACGUCUCAGGAGGAGACACUUCUUACAAAUAACAAAGAUGCUCUGAAGAGGGAAAGAGAGGAUCUCAUGAAGGAACUCAGAAUGCUGGAGACUCAACGACAGAGCAUCAGUAUUACCUUCCAGCAACAGUCCAAGCUGAUGAGUGAGAGGAACCAGAUGGCCCGGCAAAGAGGUCUCAAAGCAACCUCUGAGAUUCAACGUCUGGAGCAAGAAAUCCUUCAUGAGAAAGACAUAAUCCACCAGAGAGAAGCACUCAUCAUUGAGUUACAGAACAGCAUCAUCAAAGAGGACCAGACUGAAACUCACACCAGAGAGACAAAUCUUUCCACAAAGAUCACCAUCAUGGAUCCAGAAACCGGUAGACCCAUGUCUCCCUAUGAUGCCUACAUGGCGGGGCUGAUUGACCGUAACCAGUACAUUCACUUGUCAGAGUUAGAGUGUGAUUGGGAGGAGAUCACUUCCACUGGUCCGGACGGGGAUGUAACCAUUCUCCAGGACCGCAAGAGUGGUAGGCAGUACCCAGUCAAGGAUGCCCUCAGGGCUGGUCGCUUGACUCAAUAUGAUGUGAUGCGCUACAAGGAAGGACAUAUCUCCAUUUCUGAGUUUGCCCUCAUGGUAGUGGGGGAAACCAAAAAGCCUUACAUUCCUCCCCCCCCCAUGACUCCAAGAUCGCCCACCAAAACAUUCCCAUCCUCUCCUUUGAAUUCCAUGCCAAGCACCAUGCGGUCCUCUUUAACCAGCCUCAAUUCACAUCUUAGUGGCAGUACGAACAACCUCAGUUCACAUCUUAGUGGCAGCGCGGGCAACCUCAGUUCACAUCUUAGUGGCAGUGCGAACAACCUCAGUUCACAUCUUAGUGGCAGUGCGCACAACCUCAGUUCACAUCUUAGUGGCAGUGCGAACAGCCUUGUAGCUGCACCUGGGGAUGAGUACUUCCCCAUCUCCGGUAUUUAUGACACCACCACCGACAGCCGUAUGUCUGUGAGGAGUGCCCUGACUCGCCAGCUUAUUGAUACCGACACAGCUCUGAAGCUGCUGGCGGCACAAGCAGCCUCAGGAGGAAUCGUAGACCUUUCCAGAAAGGACAAAUUUUCUGUUCAUAAGGCGGCUCGUGAUGGGCUCAUUGACUCUGGUCACAUGUACAAGCUUCUGAAUGCCCAGAAAGCUUUUACAGGAGUGGAGGAUCCUGUGACUAAAGAGCGCCUCCCAGUGGGACCUGCAGCAAAGAAAGGUUAUAUUCCUGAAGAGAAUGCCAGAAGAUACAUGGAGGCACAGUACCUGACCGGUGGUUUGGUGGAUCCAUCUAAAGCAGGUCGCCUUACCAUUCAAGAAGCUCUUGACACCAAUCUGAUAGACCAGAAAACUGCAGAUGAGCUGCAGGAUGAAGCCUCCUACCCGAAAGAGCUGGUAGACCCCAUAACUAAGGAGAAGAUUUCAUAUAAGCAGGCAAUGGAUCUGUGCAAGAGAGACCCUGCCACAGGACUCCUGCUGCUUCCUGCUGCCUCAACUGAUUCUUACAAUGCCCCAUCGUACUCAAGCUAUCGGUUCAAUUCCCCCUACCACAGAAUAUAAAUGGGACUCUUUUGAUGUACUACAGUUUUUCUGCUACAAUCCCUGUUCCCAGUGGCUGUGUAAUGAAACUAACUGACACACACACAAUAUUACAGGUUCAAAAUAAUAUGUUUAAACAGUGGUGGAACUGUUCAUGUGAAUCAAUGUUUUUCAGUGCUGUUUUGGGUCUGUUGUAAAAACUGAGGGUCAUUUUUGUAUUGUAUGGAUAACUUUUUGUCUGCUUUGAAGCUUCAUACUUUAUACAUGCUUAUUAAACUCCACAAACCUGAC